GGCGUACCGCGUCAUAUCUUCCAACACAUCCGCCGCUUCCUGGCCGGCCCAGGCAGGCGCCUCAGGCCCCGCUCCAACACUGAACCGCUAUCCGCUCAUCAUCAUCAGUCACCGGUGAAGACACACCGAGUCCUCCGCCCCCGGUCCGUGAGGAGCUGCCGCCGCCGGUAUGAGUGGAUGAAGCGGCUGAGAUCAGCAGAGAGGUCCCGGGACUCGGUGCUCGCGUCGGAGCUGGAGGCGUCGGUUGAGGCGGAGCGGCCGUGGUGAUGGUGUUGGACUCAGGUGAAGUCUUCAUGGAUCAGGUUGAGGGUGAAAGUGUCGGGAGCAGCAGGAGCUUGUUGGAGCCAGAUGUUCGGGCAGAUCGUCCCAAAGCGCCCAGAUCGCCGUCCAAAAGGAGCAAUGUUGCCAAGAAGGAGAAGGUGUCCCACAACGGACUCCCGGCCCAGACAAACAGCGGCCAGGUAGCACAGAGGAGGAUGUCAUCAUCAUCAUCAUUGUUAAAAGGUGGAGCUGCGCCCAGACCGCCCCUCCGUCGCCCCCUCAGCCUGGAGAUGACGCCUCAGCGCCUGCGAGGGUCUCAGGAGCACAUGGCCGACAGGCGCAUCGUGCAGCCUCCUUGGCGCAGUGGUUCAGCCGCCCCCUCGCCCCCGGCUCGCAGCCUGACCAGCCCCAGCCUGGGCGCAGGCGGCUGGAUGCGCCGCAGUGAGAGCACCUGCUCGGUUAAUUACUCCCUGGGGAUGCGGGCCGGCAAGGGGCAAAUGCGACCUGCCACCUCCCUGCCACACAUAGCUAAGGGGGUGGGGAUGGGGAGCAGGUCGCUGCCGACACCAUCCAGGCCGUGUCUGCUCGUCGCCCUCAGGCCUCUGAACCUGGAGCAGGAGAAGCAGACGUUCUUCCAGUCCGACUACAAGUACGAGCCUCAGUUUGAGUACGCACAGCCGGAGCCCAAGAGCGUGUUGGAGAAGUACAAGGAGGGCUCAGGCCUCUUCCUCGAACAGGCGGUUGGAAUCAUGGAGUGCGUCCUGAGGAAGUUUGGCUCCUAUGAGAACUUUGAGGAGGUGACAGGCGGCAGCGUCCUCCCUAAAAGUCAGGUCUGGGCUGCUGUACGCAAAUAUCUGCAGAAAGAAGGCUGCGUCGGGGAGGUGGUGGUGCGUCUGUCUGACGAGCUGCUGUCUCAGGCGGUGAUGGUGGUGGAGAGCUGUCGUCCCACUCUGACCAUCAACCUGGCCGGAGCUCGACAGCACUGGCUGGAGGGGAUGCUGCGACAUGAGAUCGGUACACAUUACCUGCGCGGGGUAAACAACAACCUGCAGCCGUGGGCGUCCACUGAGGGCAGGAAGCAGUUCGGCCUCAAACCGGCCAAUCCCACGGAGGAGGGCCUGGCCAGCCUGCACAGCGUGUUGCUUCGGAAACAGCCCUACCUGUGGCGCGCGGCACUGCUCUACUACACGGUGUACCACGCCACCAGCAUGAGCUUCAGCCGGCUCUUCAGCCACAUCGCUCGCUUCGUCCAGGACCCGGACGUCCGCUGGGAGUACUGCCUGAGAGCCAAGAGGGGACAGACGGACACCUCACAGCCCGGCUGCUUCAGUAAAGAUCAGGUUUACCUGGACGGGAUCCUCCGAAUCCUGCGACACCGAAGGAACAUCGACUUCAAGAUGUUGACCUCUUUGGGAAAGGUGUCUUUCGAGGACGUGGAGAGGCUGCGUCACUUUGCCAUCCUCCAACGUACCAGAAUCCCGCACUUCAUGCGUGACCAGGAGCGUUACCUGCAGCACCUGGAUCACAUCGUCGCCGUCAACGAGCUGGACGAUUCAACGCUGCAAGACCUGCUGCCCUGACCGCCCCCCCCCCCGCCCCCCCCCCCCCCCCCCCCCCCCCCCCCC